AUGGGGCUGCUGCAAAUAAUCAAGGAACAGCGUUUGAAGGACCAUUCGCAGCGGGUGCUAGUGCUUGGGCUGGACAAUAGUGGGAAGACUACGGUGCUUAAUCAGUUAUUGCACGAGCCGAUCGAUCGGGUGCAGCCUACGAUAGGGUUUCAGAUCAAGACGUUGAAGGUGGGGCAGAAGUCGCUGCAGAUGUGGGAUAUAGGCGGUCAGAAGACGCUGCGGCCGUUUUGGUUUAACUAUUUCGAAAAGACGGACUACUUGAUAUGGGUGAUCGACAUUCUGGACGAAGGGCGAUUGGGCGAGAGUUUGAGUUUGCUGGAGGAGAUCGUGGAGGAGAACGACCGGAUCAACCUGCAGUUCGAGGUAUUUGUGCUGCUGAACAAGGUCGACCUGCUGCCACCAGCAAUGUCAUCGUCAUCGUCAUCGUCAUCGUCAUCGCCGCAGGCGGAACACCGUGGUGCACUGCUGCAACGCACGGUAGAUCACGUGACAGAAGUAACAUCACGUGUUCUUAAAAUGGACGAAUCUAGUGUGCGGGUAAUACCGACCAGCGGGACGAAUGGAGAAGGUCUGGACCGAUUGCUCUUGUUGUUGGAGAAAUGA